CGACGGUAUUAGAAAGACGGGCUUGAAUCUUGAAAGCUCCACCCGCGAUCUUGCCGCCACUGCAGCAUAUGACCUACCUGUUACUCACAGCACAUGCCUCGAGUCCCCGCUUUUCUCGCAGUCCCGUUAUCUUGGCGAAAGGUACAUAUGUCGUGUGUGCGAUCUCUUCAACAUGUGUCAAGAUUGUGCCUUCAAGGAGUUCGGCGGAGGGAACAAUCAACCCUCCAUGCAUGCUCGUAUGCAUACGUUUAUGAUUGUACCCCCACCCAACGUGGAAUGUUCGACCCGGGGCUGGAAAGAGGAACGAUCUUUUCUCUUGGAGGGGGCAUUGCUGCCACCGACAGACCGUUUGUACUUCUUUGCCGUACCAUGUGCACUGUGCGGCAUGUGCCCCAUCCGCCAUAAAUGUUGGGUACCUGUGCGCGGGGCCGAUGUUCCAGAGUUCGGGAAGUUGACACUCUGCACACGCUGCGUCAACGCCACUUCCAACCAGAAUAUCUCAUUUGGAUCCUCAUUUCAACUCCCUAACCGCUGGGCUAAUGUUCACCCCAACGUUGAAGCUCAAUUGCUGGCCGAGUUUGAAAAGGCGGCGGUACUCUUCCCUGUGAACCCAGAAAGACGCCGCCGCAUUUACUCCUGUUCAGGAUCCUGUCAUGGGGACAUUGGAGGCGACGUCUUUGCCUGUUCAAUCUGCCUUGAUUUUUAUCUAUGCAAACCUUGUCUCAUACACGAGUUCUGGGGGCCGCACAAGAAUCAUGCUCGAGUUCAUGAUUUUGUCUUGCGUAAUCCGAUUACGCGUGGGCGUGCUGAACGGGGAGUGAAUGGAGAACCGCCUCAAAGCUGGAUGUCGGCUUGGAGGAGUAUGCGUGUGCCUGACAAACGGGAACCGAGAGAAAGCUUGAUAUCAUCUUGGAGGCUUUAUUAUGUUGGGAUUCGAGACGAAGACAGGUUCAACUAUGUUGAAGCGGUGAGUGAUUGUUGAUCGAUUGCAAUUGAGAUCGUUGUGGAGACCCC